GGUACAUUGUGGGAGGGCGGAAAGAUGGCGGCGCCCGUGAGGAGGGCUCUGUUAGGGGCGGCGAGGGACUGGCGGCGGUUCGACGGGCUCUGGGCCGGUAGCCUGGGUUCUCGCAACCUGGCUCUUGCGGCCGCACCCUCGAGCAGCGGGUCUCCAUGGCGCCUGUUGGGCGCGAUGUGCCUGCAGCGGCCACCGCUGGUCUCAAAGCCGCUGACCCCGUUGCAGGAAGAGAUGGCGGCUCUGCUACAGCAGAUCGAGAUCGAGAGAAGCCUGUAUUCAGACCAUGAGCUCCGUGCUUUGAGUGAAGCCCAGCAACUAGCAAAGAGGAAGGCUGACCUGUAUGAUGAAGAAGAUGGUGAACGGAAUAUCCUGCUGGUGCAGGACUUGGAAGAUGUGUGGGAGCAGAAAUUCCUACAGUUCAAACCUGGAGCUCGCAUAACAGAAGCUGAUAAAAAGAAUGACCGAACCUCACUGCUCCGGAAGCUGGACAGGAACCUUGUCCUGUUGGUCAAAGAAAAGCUCGGAGAUCAGGAGGUUUGGCUGCUGCCCCAGGCAGAGUGGCAGCCUGGGGAGAGCCUGCGGGGAACAGCGGAGCGAACCCUCGCCAUGCUCUCAGAAAACAACAUGGAAGCCAAGUUCCUGGGAAAUGCACCCUGUGGCCACUACAAGUUCAAGUUCCCCCAGGCAAUGAGGACAGAGACUAUCCUUGGAGCCAAAGUAUUCUUCUUCAAAGCACUGCUACUCACUGGAGACUUCUCCGAGGCUGGGAAGAAAGACCGCCAUGUGUGGGUCAGCAAGGAGGAGCUGGGUGACUAUUUGAAACCAAAAUACCUGGCCCAGGUUAGGAGAUUUCUCUUGGACCUCUGAUGGACUGAGCUGCCUGUGGACAACGCUCGGACAGGUCUGCGACUGGGGCCUCAAUGACGUUUUGUGGUUCCCCCAUCUUUGUAGGGAGUAUCAAGCAGCAGACUACGUUCUGAGAAAUAAACGGGUUUGUCCUUGUGUAUUCUCGGCUGAUCGGCCCUUCGAGGACCACUGACUUCUCCUGGUAGGGAGAGAGCCGUCUCUCAGGGGGUCUUUCCCUUUCUUCCCAAGCUGGUAAUUGAGUAUUGCAUUACUUUAUAGUGAGUCAGCUGACUUCCUGGGUCCAGGAAGAAAAAAACAGAAGAAAAUCAGUCAAGCUUCUAAAAGCCUGGAGUUUUGUGAAAGCUUCUAUCCCUGUGGGGAAAAAAAUAGUUUUGUGUAGUUUCUUAGCUGUUUUCCGUUUUCUUUUUCCCUCCCUUCCUACUUCAUAUGAAAGUAUGUCAGUUUAACCUAGGAAAUAAUUAUUCCUCCUUUUUUUUCCUUUCUUCUUUGAUUCAUUCUUCCUUUUUUUUUUUUAAGGCAUUUUAUAUUUAAACAGAAUUUAAUCCUGUCUUAUCUGUUUUGAAACAGUCAUGUGAAAUAAGCAGGGUCAGCUUGUUGUCUCCGUUUUACAAACGGAGGAAUCACAGCUGAGUGGCCCUCAGCUAAGAGUCUUCCUGCGCAGCACUGAUGGUGCAGGAGAAGCCGAUCUCUCGCCUCUGGGUUGGGGCUCUUGACCCCUCACUGUGUUGAUUGGGUCACCACUGGUCCCAGUGCCUGGCACAGGGAAGGCACUCAAUGAACAUUGGCUCAGUGAGUGGAAGAAGCGAGGAUCUCAGGCAUGCCUCUGUCUGCCUAGAAGAGUGGCUCCAACCACAAGGCUGCGGUCCUGGAUCCCAUCAGACUCCCUGGUUUCCUCGCAGACAGCCUCCUGGGUUAAACAGAUGGCCCUUUAUGAUACAAGCUUGCAAAUGUCAUAUCAUGAUUUAUAAUAUUUGAUCUUCAUCCUCAUUCCUGGUACAGAGCUCCUAAAACCCUUGGAAUUUCCUAAGUGUCGAGAGCAAUUAAGGUGUGUUUUGUUAUAUUGAUGAAGUGCCUUUUGGAAAGCCCCUUGGUGACCUAGGAAUAGGGGCUGCAACCUGGGGAGCCAACCCUGCCUACCCCCGACCUCUGGGGAGGGGAGAGGGGCUUGAGGUUGAAGCAGUUACCAGUGGCCAAUGAUGUAAUCAAUCAUGCCGAUGUAAUGAAGCCUCCAUAAAAACCCAAAGGACAGCAUUCGAAGAGCUUCGGGGUUGGUGGACAUGUGGAGAUUUGGGGAGAAUGGGGUGCUCGGAGAGGGCGUGGAAGCUCCUCGCCCUUUCCCCAUACCUAGACCUACAUAUGUCUCUGUCUGCCUGUUCCUGAGUUAUAUCCUUGUAUAAUAAACUGGUAU